AUGAAUAUUAAUCAAUCAUAAUAUAGUUUCGAGAAUGAGAAACUUAAAAUUAAAAUCAAAUAUCUUGAGGAUUUUAUUGAGAAUACUAAUAAUUAUGAGAAAACUAAUUAGCUUUUUGAUCUCAAAUAAUUUCUAUCCAAAAAUUAUAAAAGAUUUAGCAUGCUUUUAGAUGAAAUAUACUAUCUAAAAUAAUAAGUUGAAGGAGAGUAAAUGCAAAGAAUUAAUGAAGCACAAAAGUUAUAGUCAGAAAUUAAUUAACUUAGAAUAACUACUAGUUCACUUUAAUAAUAAUUGUCUUAAUCAUAACUAUAAUAAUAAUAAUAAUAAUAAUAACAAUAAUAACAAUAAUAAUAAUUAUAACAAUAACACUAAAUUGAUGAAAGCGAAUAUGAUGUUUAUAGAGGAUCUCUUAAUCCUAUUUAAAAGUUAGAGUAAAUAGAAAAUCUUGAAAAUACUAUCAAAUAAUUGUCUGAUGAGGUAUAAAAUAAAUUUAAUUAGAUAGAGGAAAUUACACAACUCAAUAUCAAACAAAGAGAAUAGUUAAAAAAGAAAGACUUUUUCAGAGAAUAUGAAAUGAUGUGCAAAGAAACAGAAGGAUUACGUUAAUAGAAUGCAAAAUUGCUUGAAUAAUUAAAAGCUUUCAAUUCUAACAGAACAAAUACCAAUCCACAAAAUUAAGGAAACAUGAAUGGAUUUUGAGUAACAUUUUUCUGCAUAUCUAUAUAAGUAAUAAAUAUAAC